GGACAGCUGCAUCAGUUCCUGUAUGUGCGCGUAAACGGCCGCGCCGCGGCUGCUCCACGCUACUUUUUUAUUCCCAGGACGCAGAAUAGUAAUAAAUCCUCCUCUGCUAGGAAAGGCUGUGAUCAUAAUAAAGACGUCACCCUCCUGCUCGGGUUGGCUCAACCAAGCCAAGUGCGCAGCUAUUUGUAAGCUACAACAACAACAACCACCAGCACCAUGCCCAUGGAUAACGUAGUGAUUUCUCUGAGAUCCCCUCGCCGUGCGGAGACGAGAUCUGCGUCAGAUCCAUAGUAAAUACGGCCUUUAAUUGCUCCGGAUCGCUCCACUAAAAAAAAAAAAAAAAAAAAAAAAAAGAGAGAGAAAGAAAACAGAGAGGGACUUGAUCGCGUUGCAGGCUCUUGUCGCGACAAAUAGGACGCAAGACGUGGAUUUGAAGAGUCAUGGAGGAAACAGCUGCUGCAGACCCAGCCCCCGGCACCGGUGCCACCCCGCCAACCCCAAGACCUCAGCCUUCCGCCUUUGCCCCCUCCCGCAGCCUGCUGGAGUGGAGACGGAGGGUCAAGUCUGAAUAUAUGCGCCUCCGCCAAUUAAAACGCCUUAAAAAGGCAGAGGAAGUCAAGACCCUGUUCAUGUCCAACAGACAGAAGAUUGAGGAGCAGACAAAUCUCCUGAACACAGAGUGGUCCAAGCUCAGGAUUCAGUCCAUCCCUUUGUCAACUUCUGGUGGAGCUAUAGCCAACAAGAAGAUGUGUACAGUGGAGUUUGGCUUCCCGGGAUUCAAAGCUCAAGCCAUCGCCAUGAGACCACUGUCCACAGUGGCCGGAAUACCCUUCAUGUACUCCUGGUCACCUCUGCAGCACAACUUCAUGGUGGAGGACGAGACAUUCCUUCACAACAUCCCCUACAUGGGCGACGAGGUGCUGGAACAGGACGAGGCCUUCCUGGAGGAGCUCAUCGACAACUACGAUGGCGUUCAUGGCGACAGAGAGGGUGGUUUUAUCAGUGACGAGAUCUUUAAAGAGCUGGUGGAGGCCUUGAGCCAGUACUCUGACCACGAGGAGGAGGAAGAGGAGGAAGCAGUGGCAGUGGCGGAGGCGGCAGGGAAGAAGGAGGAGGAAAGAGUGAUGAGGAGGAGCUCAGUGGAGGGCUCAGAAGAGACCAAAGCUGGGACUGUGGCGUUCAUCAGGAGGAAGAGGAGGAGCACAACUGAGGUGAGGGACUUGUGCAGCAGCAAGAAGAUCCCCAAUGAUAAGAUAUUUACAGCCAUCGCCUCUAUGUUCCCCUACAAGGGCACCACGGAGGAGCUGAAGGAAAAGUAUAAGGACCUCUUGGAGCCCCCCAGCCCGGUGAAGCUCCCCCCACUUUGCACCCCCAACCUGGAUGGACCUUUUGCGAAGUCUGUGCAGCGGGAGCAGUCAUUACACUCCUUCCACACACUCUUCUGCAGACGUUGCUUCAAAUACGACUGCUUCCUCCACCCUUUUCAUGCUACACCCAAUGUUUACAAGAGGAAGAGUAAGGAGAUCCGCAUGGAGACUGAACCAUGUGGUGUAGACUGCUUUCUGUUGCAGAAAGGGGCUAAAGAGUUUGUGGAUCAGAAUAUGUUACGGUCACAGAGGUCUCGGAGGCGACGGAGGCAGCAGCGUCCCACCAGCUCCAGCUGUCCUGGACCAUCUGGGUCUGCUGAGGAAGGCAAAGAGGGUGACAGUGACCACGAGACCACCUCCUCCUCAGAGGGGAAUUCGCGGUGCCAGACUCCCACCAAGCUGCGUCCAGGGGAUGAUGACGGGGAGCAGCAGGCGUGCUGUGUGGUCCAGUGGAGCGGGGCGGAGGAGUCACUGUUCAGGGUGCUACACGGAACAUACUUCAACAACUUCUGCUCCAUCGCUCGCCUGAUCGGUACCAAGAACUGCAAGGAGGUGUACGAGUUUGCAAUUAAGGAGGUCCUGAUCCAUCGUGUUCCUUUGGAGGAUGGAGGCAUCUCGCCCCAAAAGAAGAAAAGGAAACACAGGUUAUGGGCAAAGAUUCAGCUAAAGAAAGAUAACUCAUCCAAUCAGGUGUACAACUACCAACCAUGUGACCACCCCGACCAUCCAUGCGACAGCUCCUGCCCGUGUGUGAUGACCCAGAAUUUCUGUGAGAAGUUCUGUCAGUGCGAGCAUGAGUGCCAGAACCGCUUCCCGGGCUGCAGGUGUAAGACUCAGUGUAACACCAAACAGUGUCCCUGCUACCUGGCCGUGAGGGAGUGUGACCCGGAUCUGUGCAUGACCUGCGGAGCCGCAGACCACUGGGACAGCAAAGUGGUCUCCUGCAAAAACUGCAGCAUCCAGAGAGGCCUCAAAAAGCACCUGCUGUUGGCUCCAUCAGAUGUCGCUGGGUGGGGCACCUUCAUCAAAGAGCCUGUUCAGAAGAAUGAGUUCAUCUCAGAAUACUGCGGGGAGCUGAUCUCUCAGGAUGAGGCAGACCGACGUGGCAGGAUCUAUGACAAAUACAUGUCUAGCUUCCUUUUCAAUUUGAACAAUGUAGACUUUGUUGUGGAUGCCACACGAAAGGGGAACAAAAUCCGCUUUGCAAAUCAUUCAGUUAAUCCCAACUGCUACGCAAAGGUGGUAAUGGUGAAUGGAGACCAUCGCAUCGGAAUCUUUGCUAAACGAGCUAUCCUGCAAGGAGAGGAGCUUUUCUUCGACUACAGGUAGAGUCACAGGCCUUUUUGUGACUCUCCAUCAGCUUCAAAAUACAGCCAAGCCGAUGCCCUCAAAUAUGUGGGGAUAGAGAGGGAGGUAGACAUGACUUAGCUGCACCUGCUGCCUACCUCCAUAACCUGUCCUUAACUCCUCAGCCACCCACUAAUGCUUCUGUACCUCUCUGCAGCGUCACAUCUAGCUGACGGGUUUCUAUGAACAGUCACUGUCUCUGCCCUCUCUGCUGCACUUCCAAAAAUAGAAAGUCCCUCCCUGCUGUUUGCAGGUGCUCUUGCUCUGCAGACGCCGUACCACCUCCUUCAGUGACAGCAGUCAGCUCUCCCCCCUCAUCUGUCCGAACGCACCCACCUACCUGCAAGACUGUAUACGCCAAGCUUAUGAAACUAAACUAUUUAAAGUGGAAAUACUAUUAAUCCACAAUGCUCAUUGCACAUUGUUUUUUUUUUCUUCCAUUUUGUCAAAGUAAAGAGGCUGCGAUUACCCAUCAUACAGUGUGUUACUCUCUCAGCAGUUUUGUUACUGUACUCAUAGACUGGCUUUUUUUUUUUUAACCUCUCGAUACAUAAUGCAAGCUUUUACAUCGUACCUAAUGAUGAUCAGUGAAAUGCAUGUGCUGUCUCUUGGAUAAACAAACCAUUAACCAUGUGAGCCACAGCAUUAGCUUCAGUCAGUGUUAUGUUGCCCUCUGGUUGUUCUUCAGAAGAACUUGACUGGGUCUGUUCCUUUGUGAACCGUUUCAGUGGCUAGCGUCAUCAUCACAUCUCUAUGGUAAACUAAGGUAUCGUGAAUUUAUAUAAUUGUUUUGCAAAAAUAGGCAACCAGACGAGAAACCGACUGACUGAAUGUAACCUGUAGAUGAUGGUGAAGAGAUCUCAUCCCUCUUUUCAUUUUACACAUUAACCCAUUCCGUUGGUACUCUGAGCAACAUACACGCACAUCAAACAUUUCUCAUCACGUUUACAUGAUCUUGAAGCUGUCACACCUUUUGAGGCAAAUCAUCAAUAAAUGAACGAGUCACGGAGUAAAUGUCUUCCUUUAAAAAUAGUUUAAGUGCCAAAUGUUUCCAAGCAGAAAAAGGCCGAAACAGUUUGGAUGUCUUGCAUAAUAAAAAGAGGUGUGUUAAAGGUAACUUUUGCAAGGUUACAACAAUAGCAAAAGCAAAAAUUAUCAGUGUUUGACCAAAUAUUAAAGUCCCCCACAUGUGAAUGUAAAAUAUCAUUUAUCAUCUUUUCUUUAUUUUUUUUAUAUAUCCAGAUUUGUUAUUCACUCUGUUUUUCAUUUAUAAAACAUUAAAGCCCACUUUGAAAUGAGAUCUUUCUCAAUAGAGAUGAACAAAAUUGAGUUUACUGCUAUGUACAGUGUAU